CCGCAUAUACGAAGCUUGUCUUCAAUCCUCGAGCCAGCAUAUACGAAGCCUGUCUUCAGCCUUCCUCGCAACCUAUACGGUCCGACAAAUCGAAAGCGCUACCGCCAUGGACGCCUACCCGAUCUUGGUCCUCCUGAUCCUGGGACAUCUGUGCCAAAUUCAAGCUGCAACGCUGAACAAGCCCGAGAAAAACACUGACGCCCUGAGGAAAUAUCUCGUGGAGAAGAUUUCCCAGUCUAUCACGGAUGAACACGGAGACCGUGGCGAAGCGUUAAAAGCACUGAGGACGUCGCUCAGCGCACUUGUCGAUGAAACGGACGAGCAGUCCAUCACUCUCGUAGCUGUGCUCAUAGCUGCGGGAAUCGCAGGCGGCAUUAUAGGUGGUGCCGCAGGUGGCGCUGCUUCAUCUGCACUGUCGAAGGCAAUCGGUAAAUAGCUUCGCCGAACCUCUGUUGUUCGGAUCACGACAAAUAUCCUGAACUGGUUCUUACGUCUCAAACGAUGGAGGUCCGUUUUACAUGCGACAUAUGCGCCGAAAUAAUAAAAGCUGC